AUGGAACAAGAGAAGGCACUGAGCGAGUCCGAUGAGGAGGACUCUUACAACUCCAAUGUUUAUUUUCCGGAGCAUGGAGAGGACCUCAAAGAUGGAGUAGAUGGCUCCACCCUGUUUGACCCUCAGGGUGAACCGCUCUUUGACCCUGAUGCCUUACAAUCUUGUCAGUCUCGGGGAUCCAGAGGUUUUUCCUAUAGCCGACGGCCUUACUGUAAGUUUAAUUCCAUAUCACCUGUCUUCAAUAACUAUGGUGGGAGGCAGACUAAUUUUGUCAAAGCAUGGCACAUGCUCACUUCAGAUGCUUGGAUCCUCCACACUGUCCAGGGUUAUUCUAUAGAUUUCGUGCAACACCCUGUUCAUACGAAGUUCCCCAACCGCAUUGUGUUCUCCACUCAUAAUCGGUAUUAGGUGACACAGGAAAUACAGUCCUUAGCCUUCAAGGGUGCAAUUUCAGCAAUUCACCCUCACACAACAGGUUUCCUAAGAAACCUCUUCCUAGUCCCCAAGAAAGGUGGAGGCAUUCAUCCGGUCAUCAACUUACGACCCCUAAACGCUUUUAGGGGUCACAUACCACCUCUUUAUACCACCUCUUCAAGAUGGAAGGUAUACACUCGCUUCAGGACCUUCUGCUUUCAGGGGACUGGAUGGUCAAGCUCGACCUGAAGGACGCAUACCUCACCAUUCCAAUGACCGAAGUAUUGCCAACAAUUCCUACAAUUCCAGUGGGAGGAGACCAUGUUGCGAUUCAAAUGCCUUCCGUUUGGUUUCUCGUCGGCACCUUGGUGCUUCACAAAGCUCAUGAAACCAGUGGUUGUGCUUCUACACAGCAAAGGAGUUCGACUCAUAAUAUACUUGGACGAUAUCCUCAUAAUGGCGCAGGACCCUCACCUUCUCCACGAACACUUGUCUUGGACGAGGAUUAUGCUGGACAAUCUUGGUUUUCUUCACCCGUGGCCGAAUACUUGCCAUUACGCCUUUCCUCCUUUCUCUCUCAACACGCGGACUCUGCUACAUCUCAGGCGUUACCGGACCUCCUUGAUCCUCAUAUCUCCUUUCUGGAUGACUCAACCAUGGUACCCUACACUCAUGGAAAUGUCCAUAGACUUCCUGAGGUUACUACUGGUAGUCACUGACCUCGUAUUGGACCCCAGCAGGAACUCACAUCCCCUCCUACUCCAGGGACAUCUUAAGCUAGUGGCCUGGAUCCUCCACAAGCAACUCUGGACCUCCUGGUGGGGGCUUGGGCUCCAGGAACAAGGAAAUCAUACCUACAUGCCUGGAACUCAUGGAAUAGUUGGUGCAUGGAACAACACAUGGAUCCCAUAUCUGCACCUGAGAGUCAUGUUUUGAGGUUCCUUAUUUCACUUUUCGACCAUGGCCGGUAACUGUAGAAACCGGAUGAUGUGCCUGUCAAAUUACAUUUAUACAGAUCAGCUAUCUCGGCAGGUCACCAAGGCUGGAAUGGACUUCAAGCAGGUAAACAUCCAUAGGUAUGUUGACUCCUGCGUGGGAUCAGAUUUGCACCCCCACCAUGUCCUAAAUAUUCCACCUUAUGGGAUGUUGGCCUCAUUCUCUGACUUUUUGAAAAUUGGCCAAAGAAUGGGGACCUUUCGAUCAAGCAACUCACUUCUAAACUGGUUAUGCUGUUUUGUCUAAUCUCCUGUAAACGUGUCUCAGAUGUCCGGGCACUGGACCUUACAGCACGAUCAUUUACACCAGAGGGCGUUUCCUUCGAUAUAUCGAUACGUACGAAGACAUCCAUUACAUCGUUUUUUUUACCCAGCCUUUCCACAUAAUGUUAACCUGUGUCCAGUGGCUUGUCUCAAGGAAUAUGAAGCAAGGACAUCUUCAGUUCGUGAUCCCAGGUAUCCGGAUUUGUUUUUAGCAAUUUGACAGGCACAUCAUCCGGUUUCUACAGUUACCAUAUCUCGUUGGGUUAAAUGGAUCAUGGCCUCAGAUGACAUCGACACUUCCACGUAUGGAGCACAUUCUGCGAGGGGUGCUAUGGCAUAAAAAGCUUUCUCCUUGGGAUGCAGACUGGAAGACCUGCUCCAUGCAGCUGAUUGGUCCCACUAAUCUACGUUUCAGGAAUUUUAUUUUAGCCCAGAUUCUCCCAACGGUGGUUACACAGCUUUGAACCAGCAUAAUAUGAGCCUACGUGUCCUUUUAAUAAAAUUACCAGAUUUUACUAAUUUCAUGACGUAAAGUCGUGAUUUUAUUAAGGACACGAAGGCGAAUAUUAUCCCACCCGAUUCAGGUUUGUUGAGCCCUCCCUGUAGGCAUAUUGUCAGGUAAUGGGUGUGCAGCCCUCAUGGUAAUAUUGUUUGUUCACCUGGUUGACUAUUACUGGUUAGACAUAUUGUUUGGUUAAUGAUACACUGUGGAUGUGGAAUUAAUAUCCAGGAACAUAUUUUACCACUUAUUUCUCUUUGUCUUACAGCCUCCUCAUUGGGUUUCACACUGGUCCAUGUCACUCCAUACCAAGUUCCAUCAGAUGAUUGCCAGCUUCUUCGGAGUUCCGUUUGCUGUAUUUUCCUGGAGUCGCUGCUCUGCACAUCUAAUGAUGUUCUUCAGUCUGUUGGGAUGUUCAUCAGCACCAUCAAGAAAGAGGAGUGGCUUAAGGUCACAUGGGGGCAUUAUAGUGCUAGGAACACUCUCACUGGAUAA